CUUUCCUUGAAAAGAGUCGUCGUCGUUUAGUUAGGCUUCCGGUAAAGGGACGUUUUUAACAUAUAUCUCAGUGCUUGUUUGCAAGGCUGCUCAAAAUGCCGAAGUUUUAUUGUGAUUACUGUGAUACCUACCUUACUCAUGACUCGCCCUCUGUGAGGAAAACACACUGCAGUGGCCGCAAACACAAAGAAAAUGUGAAAGACUAUUACCAGAAAUGGAUGGAAGAACAAGCGCAGAGCCUCAUUGACAAAACAACCGCUGCCUUCCAACAAGGGAAGAUGCCCCCAACACCAUUCCCAGGAGCCCCACCUCCAGGGGGUGCCAUGAUCCCUCCACCAAACCUCAAUGGCCCCCCACGUCCAGGGAUGCUACCAACACCCCAGAUGGGUGGUCCUCCAAUGAUGCCCAUGAUGGGUGGAAUGGGACCACCUCCACCUGGAAUGAUGGGUGGUCCAGGUAUGCGACCUCCAAUGGGUGGCCGAAUGCAGAUGAUGCAUGGACAUCACAUGAUGCGACCUCCCGGUCACCCAAUGAUGAUGCGGCCAAUGAUGGCAAGGCCAGACCGAUAAACUCUCCCGACUCCCUCAAACACACCAUGGGUUUGUUCCACAUGAUCAGUAAAUCUUAUUUUCUCACUUAUAAAAUCGGUUUGAUUAGGGAAAUCGAUUGAAGGUUGUCUCAAAUAUAAAAUGUUUGUCUCUGACAAGUGCCACAGUUGCUCACAUGUAGCUAGUUCAUCGUAUAAUUAUUGGUAACUUUGCGCCAAACUUCUUAUAAGUAGAUUUUAAGGUGAGGAGCAUUACUGAGCCUGUGGAACAAACCUUUUGGCAAAUCCCUCCACUCAACAACUGUUUCUUGGACUUCACUUGUUAUAAUACUGUGUUGGUUAUCUUGCCUUUGCUGUACCUUCCAUUUUCCCUGUAUGGAUUUCAUUUUUAUUAUUCUAUAGAUUUUAUAAUGUUCCCUCUGCUUAUUCCCAUUUCCCUGCUCAUUGUUAUUUUGGUGUCUUGGCAAGUGCCAAAGACAAAACGGGAAGUUAUGAAAAUGUUGAAUGUGUUUUAUCAUUCACCUAGAGGUGUAUUAUAAGGUCUCCCAUUUUAUUUUGUUGGCAGUACCAGUCAGAUGAGUCGGCAGCAGUUUCUUUUUUACAAUUUUAUGAGCCGUUACUAUGGGCUUUGAAUUUGUUGUAUUACGGUCUAUUAAACGAAAAGCAAAGUU